UUGUGAAGGCAUGCAAUCAUUUUGUUGUACAUUGAUUCAUUUCAAUAUGUGGACAUAAUUACAUGUUAAGUGAGAAUGUACAACACAUUGUCAAAUACUGUAAGUUCACCCACAUACAUCGAAAUCAAGCUGUGUCCUAUUUGUACAUUACAUUACAGCAUGCAUGCAUUUCAUUGCUUGGCUACAAUGAAGACGAAGUACAGUAUGCAAUCAAGCAAGGACGCUCGCAUGGUACUGUGAUACGAACAUCUAUGUCACAGUGCUGAUUCUGAAUGUGUGUGUUUACUGGGUGGUGUUUAAUUUCUGGGCCCGAUGUGGUAGACAAUUAGGGGUGAAAUUCUGGUGGCGUUAUAGUUUUAAACUGAUUGCAAUCUUCAAUCCAAGAACUGACUAAAAGAGUCUAAUCCUGUUGAUGGAAACAGAAGCCCACCCGUGUCAAAGCGGCCCCAGGUGCUGCGGCCACACAAGCCUUUGCUUGUCUCCCCUUAAUGCAACCGCUGAAUCGAGUGGACCCUCUUGGGCACACAGCCCAGUGUGGCUUGUCUAAUUAGAAACUCCGCUUUCUCAUAAAUACCUAUAAUGAUGACAAUUAGGCAAAGACAAGUAGUUGUUGCAGCCUGUGAAAGUGUUAGGUGUUAGUGUGGCACAGCAUUGGCAAAAAAACACGGCAAAUUAAUCACAUUUAAGUAUUUAUUGAACAAAGAGACAUUAAUGAUCAGAAUGGACUACCAUGAGGUCAGUGAACCGUGUCAUUUCUCCCAACAGAUCAGUGCAAAAAAAAAAAAAAAAAAACAGCAUCAUCAUAAUGAAAAGAAUGUAUACCAUCAAUUUUCUAUGCUGCGUACGCUCCUUAAGGUCACAAGUGUGCUGGAGCAGAUCCAAGCUAACUGCACGCAUCACCAGCCAAUCUCAGAAAAGAAUGUACACUGCAUGAUAUGCAGUAUUGCUACAUUAUUAUGAUGACAUCAAAUGAUAGAAAUAAAAAGUAUAUAUAUAUACAUGUCACAAAAACAAACCAAAAUUUGACUACAGUAAUUGUGGAGUUAUGGAGUUAUUUAUUUAUUAAUUAAUUCACCCUUUUUUUUUAAAUCCCUUAUUUCCGAUAAUGAUUUAGUUGUACAAAUAAGCACAGUUAAAGACAUAGCUUGGGAUAGAAUUUUUUUUUUUUUUAAAUUGCAAAUUGUUCACCAAAUUCAAUGCAGAUAAUUAAAAGGUUUCAUUGAUGAAUCAACACAUGCUGCCGCAAUUAAGGUGCAUUAGGCAUCAACUAAGUACAGUUUAGCAGUUAAUAAUAAGAUCAGGACAGGAUAGGUUAUCUCUGUAUCUUUUAGUGUCAGUGACAUUACGACAGCAAGGACGGGCCCCGUAAUCACAUUGUCCUCACUGAGAGUUGUAAACAAAGGCUCAGACAGUCCUGCCUAAUUAUACAUUUCGCAAGUAGCUCAAAUCUUGCCUUUAGCCUGACAGCUGGAAUUUAGUGUCAGCUGACAGCCCCAUCACUGGGUAAUUAUUUAUUUCUUCCCCCCCAAAAAUAAUAUCUUUCAGAGUGAAGGAGCUGUGGAGGUUGCUGCCUUGAAGAAGUCGCUCACAAAACACUGGCAAAGAGAACGAGUCAAAACGCACAAUGUGCCUUUCUGUAUAUUAUCGGGGGAAAGGAAGUGAUUUGAAUCGAGAAAAAGUGAAAACUCGUGACCUCUAAUGAGCUUUAUCAGUCGCAGUCUGGCCAUAAAAUCCAUAGUAGUGGAAAUAGUAAGUGUUAGUAGUAGUAGUAUUUUUAAGUUAAACAUUUCAAUUUGUCUUUGGCUUGGCAUUAACGACUCAAACGAACCCCCUGACUCCCACCCGUACUCCACACACUACACGCGAGUGGAUUAGGAUCCGGUGUCGCGUCACACCCGUGAGAUGUCAGGUGACUGACACACAGCUCGCAUGACUCACAACUGAUGAGCGACUUGACAGAUUGCCCCCAAGUAAUGUUCCUGUCAUCUCUGCAAUAAUCAGACUAUAAAGAUUGUGAGAUAAUCGCAAAGUCAAAAACAGCAUCGCACAACAUCCUGCACAACAAGUUAAGCGGCCUCCCACUUUGGGAUCUAUUUCAAGUUGAGAAAUGUUAUACGCCUUGGAGGCGCAGGCAUGACGUGCAUUACGUGAACAGAAGCAUCGCUCUAUAUUUAUCAAAUCAUGAGGCUGGUUGUGACGCGCGCAGAAAAAGUGCAACAUGGUGCUGUCCACACUGCAGACCUUUGGACCUUCACAACCUCCUGAGGAUCCUAGCAGGGCAGGUAGGAAGCAGCCAUUGAUAUACUAUACUUAUUUUCAAGGUCCUCUUUAUUUUCAUGGAUGCGUUGCUCGCUAUGUCACAGUGCUUUAAGAUGCGUGAUCUAGUUGUUGUUGCAUGAUAGAAUAUAGAUGCUCUUUCUAACUUGUGUUUUCCCUGCUUUAAGCUAUAUAAACAUAGAGAUAAUUUUAUAUAUUUUUUUUAAAAUGCUUUAAGUAGCCUAUUUCUAAAAAUCAUGUUGAAAUGCCACUUUACUGACUGUCAUUCUAUUGUCUUUAAUAUAUUUGUUGAUGUUCGUAGGGCUUUUAACUUGCUGCACUUUUAGUCUCUUUUCAGGUCUCAUCGAGUCUCCGAAGUCUCAAUGGAAGACUUCGAGUUCAGCGUGGAGAUCUGCGACCGCGAUUGGCAAUACUUUUUCGAGGCGUGUGAGGAGUGUGACCUACGUCCUCCGUCGCUUGCCACAGCAGAGGACUCUGGCCUGAGUGAUGGCGAUCACACAAACGCCACGCUUGCAGAAAAUGUCCGUCGAACUGGAUGCUACUGCGAGGCCGACUUCUCCCUGGACAACACGCCCGACUUCAAGGGCUCGGACGUGGAGACCCACCUUGGUAAAAAAGCCACCGCUGGAACGGAGAGCAUCUUGUCGGGCCAGCGAGGAAGAUAUUCGCCUGCAGUCAGUCAACAUGUUCUCUGAAGGGAUGGCAAACCAGGCAAAUGUCGGAAAAAACAAAGAGUCACAGCAGGAGGGUGGGCUGUGUGGUAAUGGGAUUAAAGCCAGCUCCGAGCCACCCGCCAGAGAUGAAACAAUAGUUGUCCAAGAGAACAACCUUGACAAAAUGAACACCAUGCAAAAAGCCCAGCCUGUUUCUAAAACUGUUCUUGACCCUACAGCCUGCAGCUCGCAGCUCAAAAAUGACAGCUCAGCUCAUACUGAGUCGUUUAUCGGCGUCUGCGCUGAGACCAGAACAAAUGAGACGACUCUUCAUAAACCUGACGACUCACUCGACCUUUAUCAGUCACAUUGGGGCACGGCGAGCACAAAGGAAGUCCUCGGCCUACCAUCAUCGUUACUGACCGCCAUGACAAGGAGGAGAAGAAAGAAGAGGUGGCUCAGCAUGGCGUCAACCCAGAGUGGACAUGAGAGGAGGGCUGAUGAGGAGCAGAGUCAGGCUCCAUUUUGCCAUGAUAUUAAGUUGCUCCCGGGUGGAGGUCCAUGUCAGUAUGAAAGCAGGUACAGAAGUAGAGAUGAGGAUGAUUUCAUGUGUCUCCAGUGCUUUAAUCCUCCAAGUUGUGAAGAUCAAUUCAAUCGAGAAGACAGUAGACCAGAAGUCCAAGCAGCUACUGAGAGACCACACUGGGACGAUGAUGAUGAUAAUGUGGAUGGUGGCCACGGUGACACUCUAUCUGCUGCUAAGUCCGUCCCGGCUGCACAGACUUUGCAUUCUGGCGGAGACAAGUACACGGGGUGUCAAAGACAGGCUGAGCCCCAGCAACAGCUAGAGAUGGAGCCUGACAAUCUGGACCAAAAUAGCUAUGAAUUGAAUGAACUCAUAUCGCGUGCGCAGAAGUCGACCUUUCCCAACACACUGCUCCAGAGGUGCGAAACCGCUGUCUCUCCAGUGGAUGAAAUUGUAACUAAAGUGACCUGUGACAAAUUAACAUGCAAUUUCAUAAAUUCAUCAGCUCAUAAAAGUCGCCUAUCAGAAAGACCUUCCGGUUUAGCUCUUGAGGAAACGGAACCUCAUGUGGAAAGCAAUACAUUUAAUGAUGAAGACAAGGAGACGAGCUGUUUUGGAGGUCCUUUUUCUGAUAACAACCAGAGAGAAACAAAUUCAGUGUUUGACGACACAAGGUCGGUACCGGCAUCGUCUAAUGAAAAUAUUGCUGGUUCAUGUUCAUCUCCCAGUCCUCUGGAUCCAGUUAAUAGAUGUCAUUCAACCACGGCCACAUACGAGGAAGGAGAUCAUGACACAGGACAAUUGACGACCGGCGACGACGGUGUCAUCUCAACGUCAUGUGAGCCUGACAAGGUGCCAGAUUUAAAACAUCCAGAUUUCGUCAUGUCUUCUUUUUGGAGUGAAAUGGAGAAGUUGACAAUAAAUGACAUUAUGGGUUUAAGGAAGACAAAUGAUGAGACACAUGACAGUAAUUACAGUUUUUCCUCUCAGCCUGUGGAGUCCAAGCCAGUGAAAACUGGCGAGGACACGUGUGAAGCCGUUCAGUCGGAUCCUGAUUCCACUUCCUCGAAAUGUGUACUAUUGUGGGAGAGUGAAACCGUCGAUAUGUAUCCCGAGAAAGAGACGGUGACAUCUUUCAGUGGUCCUCCGAGACACGGAAACCCACCAAAGGGUCUGCGACAGUUAUCGAAAAACGUAAGCGUACACAAUCUGCGAGCUCUGAAUUCUCUGGAACCCGAAAGCGAAGCAAAGAAAGGCCAAAUGUUACAAACUUUGGAAGAAUUAGAAUUGAAAAAACAAGAUGGGCACCCACAAAGUUUAGAUUCAACAUACUGCUUCAGUUUCUCUCUCUCUGAUAUGUUUCAGUACCUUCUUGGUAGAAAACAACAAAUCCCCAGUCAAUCAGCAACAGAUGACAUCAGCAACUUCAACACGGAUGGCAAUUCAGUCCCUGAAACUUACGAUCGUUUCUUUGCAGAGUUCGACAUAGAAAACCUCUUCGACCCUUUUGUCACAGAAGAGAAGCGCACGAAGAUUCUUCCAGUCGCGUUUGGACAGACAAAUCUGCACCUGGCGGAAGCCUACGACUACUUCUGUGCAACCUCUUCUUCCGAUGAUUCUGCAGGGGAGGAGGAGGAGGAAAGUUGCGGUCCAAUGACAGUAGUCAGCAGGCUCAACCAAAAAUCAGGACACAUGAACCUUCCCGAACUGCUCGUUGAACAAAGGGAAAACGGGAUCUCCAGACGGAUUUUGGCUGAACCACUUAGAUGCGAAGACAUGCAAAGAGCUGUUCCAAAUCCAAGGACAGAUAUUUCCCUGCUGCCUCUCAGACAAUCAGAUAUGUGUCUGGUCUGUAUUGCAUUUGCGUCCUGGGUGCUGAAGACAGCAAAUCCCCAAGUUGGAGACAUGUGGAAGGCCGUUCUGCUGGCCAAUGUAAGUGCUCUGUCAGCCAUUCGAUACCUGCGGAAGCACGCCAAGGUGGAGGUGGCGGAUGGUCAGAAGAAAGAGCAUCUGACCACGCUUGGUGGUACUUGAUGGGCUCUAUUUUUGUGAACAGCUCAAAUCCUGCAGGACGGGCGAGGGUGAGACCUAUAUUGGUCAUUUCGUAGACUAUCGCAGGCCGGCGGGUCUGAUAGAUGGCGGCCUGCGCCACUGUGGGAGUGUUCAUAACCAACUUCAGUCACUGCCAAUCAAAGCGGCUCCUCUCAUUCCCUUUAAAUCUUGGGAACUCAGAGUCUUGCAUGGAGACAUGGCACCCUUAUUAAACACAGAAUGAGCUGGUGAUAACCGCUGGAGACUAUUUUGUUGACUACUGUUUUAAAUAUUUGCAAAAGAACUAGCAAAGAAGAUUCAAUUCAUGUUUUUAUUUUUAUUUUUUUGUCCUUAUUUUUUGUCUUUGGGGAAACCUUUUUUUUUAACUUGAAUUUUAUAUGUUGAUAUAAUAGGACAGGCAGUGGGGGGGGGGGGGGGGGGGGAUCUUGUCAGAACUAAGGCACAUAACUAUUGAAGAUUGUAUUGUUUGUUACCCUUAAGUAUUAAAGUAUAUGAUAUUUACAGCGUCUGGAUUUACAGAAUAAUCCAAUGACUGGAAAUAUCUUGUUUAUGACCAUGAAAUAUACACUGGAAAAAAUAUAUAUUUGAAGUUACUUAAUUCGAACAUGUACAUUGAUUGCACGAAUAAAAUGUGGUAAACUAACA